GGUACUAUCUGCACAUUUAUGUCUUAGCAAAUACCAGCACUGUGUAAUGAACAGGGGAGCACUUCUAGUUCCGUCAUUUCGCAGCGAGCUACCGCUCAACUAACCGCUCAACUACAGCGAGCUACCGCUCAACCUACUGCUCCACAGCCUCGGGGGUAUUUAGUCGAUUUUCACCAUCCAGCAGUUCAGAUGUCUGUGGUACGCGACUGGUUUUAAUUAAACGGACCCUAGCCAUGGAGUUUGAAACCAAAGUAUAUCCACAAAUUGGAGGCUACGGACGAUACAAUCGAGUCGUUACCGUUUUCAGCUGGUUCCCAAAUUUCGCCGUGUCGUUAAACCUUUUAUGUGAUGUUUUCUUUACGCUGGUUCCAGAGUCCUAUCACUGCAAGCCCGAUCCGUCAUUACUACCUUCAUCUUUCCUCCUUAGUAAUUUUUCGAGACAAACUUACCUGAACUUUACAAUUCCAUGGAUAGACGGAUAUGGCUUAAGCCCUUGUAAACUUUACAAAUAUCCGACAAACUUCACGAAUUUUACAGGGAGAGUUUACAGAGAAGUGGUGCCAUGUACAAGGGGAUGGGAAUACGCGAAUCCCGCUGGGCUCCGGAGCAACUUUGUUACCGAGUGGGACUUGGUUUGUGGAGCCUACUGGAAAAUUCCCCUGCAGCACAUCUGCUUCAUGAGCGGUUGGAUUCUGGGCUAUGUGUUGCUGGGCAGUGUUUGUGACUGGCUGGGUCGCCGGCGGGCUCUUUUGCUCACUGUGUCCCUCUCAGGCCUCCUGGGGGUAGCCGUGUGCCUGUCCGACAGCCCCACCACCUUCCAGCUCCUCCGCCUGUGUCAUGGCACCGUGCUGGCCGGAGUCUUCCUCUCCUCCUACAUCGCCCGCCUGGAACUGUGUGACCCCCCACGCAGGCUGAUGGUGUCGAUGGUAAGCGGCUUCUUCGCUGUGCUUGCAGAGCUGUUGCUGCCGGGCCUGGCCGUGCUGUGCGGUGGCUGGCAGGUGCUUCAGGCUGUGGCUACAGCACCCAUGCUACUCUUGCUGUCCUACUGGUGCUGGGCCUCCGUAUUCCCGGAGUCUCCGCGAUGGCUUCUCGCCACAUCUCGGAUUCCUCAGGCCAAGAGAUGCCUACAGAUGUUCAUUACCCGAAACGGAGUGCAUUUUAGAGGUGAUCUCUACCCUGCUGAGACCCUCCUGACAGAGAUUGACGUGGCUUUCCCAGAAGAGCCCCAGCCGCACUACCAUCACGUCCUCGAGCUCCGUCACACCAGAGUUACCUGGAAGAACUGCCUCAUCCUGGCAUUUACCCUUUUCAUCGGUACAGGUAUCCAGUACUGCUUUACGAGGAACCUCCAUAUUUACUCACCCCAGUUCUACUUUGGCUACUUCCUGCGUGCGCUGAUGGGGGCCUUGGCCUGCGGCUUCCUGUGCAUGUCCGUGGGCCGUGCGGGCCGGCGGGGUAUCCUGCUACUGACUGCCAUCGUCACGGGCCUGUCUUCCCUGCUGCUGCUGGCGCUCACUCAGUACCUGCAAGGGGUGCUGGUUCUGCUGCUGUCGCUCGUGGGACUGCUCUCCUCCCAGGCUCUGGCUAUGCUCAGCGUGUUCUUUGCCGCCGAGGUCAUGCCCACCGUCGUGCGGGGCGGAGCUCUGGGCCUGGUCAUGGCCGCCGGCUGCGUGGGCAUGGCAGCGUCCUCGGUGAUGGAGCUUCAGAACAACGGUGGACACUUCCUCCACCACGUGGUGUUCUCCUCGUUCGCUGUGCUCUCCGUGCUCUGCAUCAUGCUGCUGCCCGAGAGCAAGCACAAAGCCCUGCCCGACACCCUGGGCGACGGCGAGGCCCUGUGCCGCCUGCCGCUCUUCCUGUCCCGCAGCGAUCAGGACGUGCUGCCCCUGCUGCGCGCGCGUCCACCCGCCUCCGAGUACAGCCCCGACAGCUACUCCCGCCUGGUCGCUGCCACCAGAAAGAUGCUCACCAAAGACCCCGUGCCGUAUCGGGUCAUUGCGUCGUCCCAGCAGCCACUGUUGCCGAGCAACGGUGUUGCUCCGGGUGGCCAAGAGGACUCGUCAUAGCAAUCGUGUGGAGUUUUGCAUGCGGGUCUUGCACGUGAGCGUAGAACUCUUUCCUCAUAGGCUACUGUUUCGUGGCACUCUGUCUGACCGCUAGGGGGAGCUGCUAACAUGCUGAACAAAACUCUGCCUGUUUAUUGGGGCAGGAGUGUAGGUUUUGAGACUGCAUAAUGACACAAAUGAGUCUGCUUUUAGUGAAGGGAAAGUAAAGCUGUUUAAUGUUUGGUGGACUGUGAGAGGAAGAAAAAAGGCAUCAGUUCAGAAAAUGUCUCCUUCCAUUCAUCAGACACUUUUAAAUUCACCUAGCUGCCACACAGUGCAGCCCCCCACACGAUAGGUCACAUGACCUGGGCAUUUCUGUUAUGUUUCAGUAAGACCAUGUAGCCAUAAGAAUCGCAGCAGAAAGAAUUCUCUCAUCUGCUCAUUAUAUACAUCAGUGUUCGUAAUGCUUUUGUAGUUUGACUUUGGCUGCAGUCACUUUGUUAUUGUCCGUUCUUUUCUUUUUUUAUGAGGAACAGUUUGAGAUUGUUUGGGUGCACACUGGGCCAACAGCUCCAGACAAACGACAAACCCAAGCCUGCCAUACCUUUGUUUGGCCUUGAAUGCUAGUCUAGAAUCUCUAGAAUUUGGUCUAGAAUAUCUUUAUACUAGGUUUGUUGGUGUGUGUUGAUAGACCAAUCUUGGGCUUUCCUGAAGGGGCCAAAUAUAUUCCUGGUGUGUGACUUCGUCAUUCCUCGUGUGUUGUACUGUGGCCUCUUAAACGAUCUGCACUUUGCUCAGAUUGAAUAGGGUUUUAAAGUAAUGUCAAUUCUUUAAGGGUCACUGAGGAACUGGUCUCAGUCCUCUGAGCUGUCCAGUUUCCUUAUCCUGCAGGUCCUUUAUUUGACACAGCUGAACUCAGUGAAGGGUGCUCACCCUCUUUAGAAGGGGAAAAAACGUACCGCGCUGUUAUUUUAUUACACAUCAUUUUAUCUUUCAUUUAUUGGGAUAUGAGGUGCGUGAAAUGAAGUGGGAAUCAUUUACAAUCUAAACAGAGAGAGGUCAGUGUGGUAAAUGGCAGGUUGAGAGUGGUUCCUGUUUAUAGUGGAGCAGGGUCCCAGUGCUGCUGUUGGGGAAAUGAACGAAACGACUGAGCUCAGGGAGUAGAAGGCUGUUGGAAUAAUGGGAUUAAGGGAGUGCCCACUCUGGCUCUGAGUAGCUGGCAAAUGGAAUUAAAACUUGGAGUGAGUGGUGUGUCGUUUCCCAUGAAGGUCAGUGUAUCCAGACAUGUGCAAACACCACUGCACAUUUUACAUUUCUUAUUUUCUGUUCCCCAAAUGUGACGCACAAUAGGUUUUUUUGUACCAGACAGAGUGUUUUAUUAGACCUGCCUGGCAGAUUUAUAAGAACUGCAUUCAUGAUUUUUGUUUGUGGUGCAUGUGUGUGUAAAUAUAAUAAAAUCUAUAGAGAGUUAAAUUUGUCGUUGCCUACUCACUUUGACCUGUUGAUGCAGGGACUGUAGAGAAAGCAAACAGCUCUAGGAUUAACAGCAGGACCAUGGUGCCAGGUCUUUAGUCCCAGGCCUGGGGUGGCUUUUGGUCUCUCUCUCUUUUUUUUAAAAGCAGCUGAUAAACUGUGUCACCUGGCUGCCAGUUGGCAUUUUAACAAAAAAUGUCUCGGUGUUUAAUGUGCACCGUGCUGGACACAAAUGUCUACUUACUGCCAUCUGGUGGACAAGGGAGCAACACCAAUGAUGUUUUGGUUUGGUAGUUUGUUUUUAGCUAGUCAGUUAUGGUAAAUUAAAAUACACUGAACUUGCAUUACACCACAGACAAAAAGAUUCAAAAUUUAUAAACUUUAAAUAAAGUCUAUGAGGAGGACAUGUAAUAAAAAUAAUUUGGGCCAAAAUAAAUUUCAUUAAAACUAGCUCAGAAUCAGUAUGUUUGUCAAUUAAGGAAUUAAUUAAAAACAGAUCAGAUAUUGGUGUUACAGGGGUUUAUGGUGGCUGGUAUUGAGAUAUUUUAUCAGGCAGGGUAGCAGUGUUUCCAGUAGGGGGAGCCAUACCACAGACUUUGCUGGCAUAACUGGCUGUUCUUCAUGGUCAGGCUCAUUAUUGUAACAUGGCAAGUAGACGGAGCCGGAGUAAGUGUGAUCUAUGAGUGUGUGUGUGUGUGUGUGUGGUUGGGUGUGUGUGUGUGUGUGUAGGUGUGUGUGUGUGUGAGAUUGCUCUGACUGUAUGGAGCUGCAGCUGAAAGGCACAACAGCAUGAAGUCAUGCUGAGUAUCAAGACUGCUUGUUCUCAGGCUCUGAUUGCCUGGAGAAAAGAUGGAAACCAUCUUUUCAGCUCCACGUUUGCUGACAGUGCUACUACUAUACUUGACACCACAUACAUAGAAACAUUUCAGAGCAGGACACUGUGGGUUGCCUUUUAGUUAAGCAUAUGCACUUUGUCUUGCUGGGUAGAGUGUAGCCCAAAUUCACAGCAAGUGGUUUUUGUUUGGUUUUUUUUUUUUUUUUUUUUUUUGCAAAACAAGCAAAAAACUGCAGGAAUCUGCAUUGGUCUGUGUAACUUCCUGUUUUAACUUGAGCUAAAGUCCUACUAGGUCACAAAAGACUCCCUUCUCUUCUGUCUGUGCUCAUUCAGUGGGUUUUACCCAACUUAAGUAUGCAGUAGUGGCACUAAAAAUCUUUGUUACAUAUAUUUCAAGAUUUUCUCAAGUCUUUUCUUGCACAUGGUUGAAACCAUGCACACUGAAGAUUUGCUUUUCUCUCUCAGAAACAGCCUAGAGCAAUUUUCACUGUGGACUGUAGUGCAAAGACCCCUAACACAACACCCUUGUUUUCACACUGCUGCUGUUAUUUUUAUAUUUUCUGUAUUAUAUGUCAUUAUUCAAAUAUUUGCAAGUUCACAUAUUUGAAAUUUGUUAACUUGUCCUAUCA